AUGUCGGAACUCACGCACUUCGACCUCCUCCCCGUCCAGAUCGACCCGCAGUCCAAGGCCAUCUCCUCCCCCUCGCCCUCGCGCGCCCUCGCCGCCGAGCUCGCCCAGCUCAACGCCCUCCACCGGUCCCUCAUCACCUCAGACACCACCGGCCCCCAAGGCGUCCCGCCCCCGCCCAUGCCCGUCAACCCCAAGCGCUCCGCCAACGUCGCGAAGCUCCGCGACAGCGGCAACGCCGAGUUCCACAAGAAGAAGUACGCCGAGGCCAUCAAGUUCUACACACUCGGGCUCCAGAUGGCCCUCACCCGCCCCCUCUGGGAACCCUCCCAGCUCGUCCGCGAGGAGGUCUCGGGCCUGUACGCCAACAGGGCGCAGGCGCACAUGGCCCUGCAGCAGUGGCCCGAGGGCUCCGUCGACGCAGAGGCCAGCGUCGAGGCCCGCAAGGUCGGCAACGCAAAGGCCUGGUGGCGCCGCGGUCGCUGCCUCAUCGAGAUGGGCCGCCUCGAGGAGGCGAGGGACUGGGUCGGCAAGGCCCUCGAGUUCGAGGGCGAGGAGGCCGAGCUCGUCGCUUUGUACAAGGACAUUGAGGCCCGCCUCGACAGGAAGGACAGCCCCUGA